GGGCUUCUCUCUCAAUAGGGAAGUAGAGCUCCGCUGCGUUGUCGGUGUUCAUGUAUAUGAGAGAGUGAGAGAUAGGGGGUCUCUCAGUCUAUCUCUUCCUUCUCAUUCUGUCGGCUGGCUCGGGUUAACCUUCUGCAUCUUUGUGUUGUAUAAUCUGCCUUUUUUUGUUGAGAAACUUUUCGCCUAUUGAACCAUUUGAACUUUAAAUACAAAAGAAAAGAGAAAUACUGAACUAGUACGAUCACAACCAAACAGCAUGGAUGUUCUACCGAGGUGCAGCAUUUUCCAAGAGCUUCAGAUUGUGCACGACACUGGCUACUUUUCAGGUCGGGCAUCACUUGAAGAAUAUUGGCAGCAGACUUGCCUGGAGUUGGAGCGGUACCUUCAGAGUGAGCCCUAUGUUUCGGCUUCUGACUUUAGAUUCGAUGGACAGGAUGACAUCCUGAGCAAAAUCAUUAUGGUCUGUGGGGACAAGGAUGAAACUGACAAGAAGAAUGCAAACUUAAUGGAAGAGGAGAGCCAGGAAAAUCAGAACCUAGAAACAAAUAGCAUGAGCUCUGAUGUAAGCAGCGAGUCCCUUGACAGCUCCGAGGAACUUUCACCCACGGUAAACUAUACCUCAAACCCUUUGAAUACUGUCCUGGUGAACUCUGGAAAUGUAAACUCUCCAGUUCUGUCCACCCCUCCCUCGUCUCCAGAACUAACCAAGGAGUCUUCUCAGCAGCUGUGGAACAACCCACCAGCAAACAUUCCCGAGCUGAAUGCAGUUAAAAUUCGUGGUGGAAAUUCUACAAAAUCGUUGGAAAAAUCUAGUCCGGUGAAUGGCGAAGCGUCACCCGAUGGCAGGAGAAGGGUCCAUUGGUGUCAGUUCAAUGGAUGUAGGAAAGUUUACACCAAAAGCUCACACCUAAAAGCACAUCAACGUACUCACACAGGUGAAAAGCCUUACAGGUGUUCGUGGGAAGGCUGUGAAUGGCGAUUUGCACGAAGCGAUGAACUUACGAGGCACUUCAGGAAACACACUGGGGCAAAACCAUUUAAAUGCACUCAUUGUGACAGGUGUUUCUCGCGGUCUGACCACUUGGCACUUCACAUGAAGAGACACAUCUGAGAGUGCAGAAUGAAAGUCGGUUGGCGAUUCAGCUUCACAAUUGAACUGCCACACGAGGAGGAACGUAUGCUCCAGCCAAAGCAUGCCAUUUUGCACCCUACCCAGUAGCCUCCAGGACCUUUAUUUGUCAGGGUGUUCUCAGAGACUGUUAAGAGUGAGAGGCGGCAUAGCAUCUGUGGUGGAUGGUAUCUGGGAAUUUUCCUGGAUGCAUACAUUGGUACCUAACGUUAUGAGUGGCUGCCAAGUUCCUGCUGUGAGCAUGUGCACUGAGAACAUGGUUGACUAAGGUUGAUUGUAUGAUGAGAGGACCAAUGAUUUUUUUCUUGUGGUGAGGUAAGAUUGCUUUAAAGUGGGCUGGAUGAGUGUGUGUGAGCGCGAUCGAAAGAGAAAGGUAGAGAGAGGGACGUGCCUGGAGAUGGGAUAACCGCCAAAUGUCUUCCCUGUUCCACGCCUUAAGCAAGGCACUGAAUCUGGACAGGAGACCGACCCCUUUCCCGUGUGAGAGGAGCUUUUGGUGUCUGGUGCAGCUGAUAAAUGUGCAAUGUGUCGAGUAGCCUUGUUCACUUGCUACAAAAAGAAAGCUAAUUUGUAAUCCAUUGUAUAAGCUGUGUAUUAAGGAUAUAACACAACUAUAACUUUCAUGAUAAACAGAAAGGUGUUGCAUGAUUCUGGGGAUUGUACACUUUUCUUUCUUUGUAAUUGGGGACUGCAAUUUGAUUCCGAUUAUGUGCAGUUUAAAGGAAAAAAAAAUCUGUUUGGGCAAAUGUUACAUAGAGUAAAGGAAGCCUGGACCUUUUUUGGUUGAAUACCACUAUAGCUUAGCAACUGAUUUACUUAAGCAGCUAAUUUUGGUCUUUUUAUUUAUGCCUGAGGACUAAUUUCUGGUUUCUAAAUGUUAAUGCACUGUUGACAUGAAAAAAUGGUGCCUUAUGAAAGUGACCUUGCUACAGUAAGCGUAGCAAUCUCAUGUGGGUCACCAGACAGGGGUAUGGGUGACUUGGGCUCCAUUAAGGCUCCCUAUCACAUGAUCUUGUACUCUAUGCCUCUUUCUGUCUUUGACAUGGAAACAAUAAAAAAAACUUUUCUUUAA